GCGUGCUCAAAGUCACCUUGCCCCAGACUAGUGGCCGGUUCUGCUGGGGGCUCAACAAUCAUUAAUCGGAUUCUUCACAUUCUCAAGUGCUUGGCACAGAAAAAUGAGCCAGUGGGUAACUGUGCUUUGGCAGUCCGACAUGCAGCUGACUGGCAAGCUGGUCCUUUCUGCUGCCUCUCUGCUCCUGCUGACUUUGGCAUACAGAUUUUACAAGUCCCGCUCAGCACCUGGAGGCAACAACCCAACAACUGAUGCUUGCAGAGAGAAGGGGAGAAGGGAAAAUGCAGCCCCGGAUGGACAGAAUGUGGAGGGUCUGCGGCACAGGUGGGUGUUUGGGGCACGAAGUGGUGGUGAUGCUCAAGCAAGCGUCCCAGAUCCACGGCAAAAGAGAGAGAGAAUUCUGCCAGCAAAUGAGGAGAAAGAUGGAGGGAAGGCAAAAUCUCACGGCUUCAGGGAUCUGAAUGAAAUGCUGAAUGGGGAGGAGAGUGGUGGGAAUGGACACAGCAUGCUUGUCCCACACAUCAUUCUUCCCAACCAGACGGCAGGGGAUGGAGGUGCACAAAGCACUGAGCAGGACUUGGCCAGUGGAAUCGCCAGCAAGGAGGGGAGCAGAGGGACAAUCCAGACCCUCAGUGUCACCUCGGAGCUGGGGGUAAAUAUAACAGCAAGCUAUAGGGAGGCAGAUACCUCCCAUUCUUUCUCCUCAAUUGCAAAGAUCCAGGUGGAGGAGAGCUACAUCGCUGAGAGGAAAACAAAGGAUGGGGAUGGGCAGCUGUCUCCUGGCCUCAGAGGUAAAGUCUAUGACUACUACAUCCAGUCUAUCUCCCAUUCAGUAUCAACAAAAAAGUCGCUCCCAUCUCCCUUUAUGGGGACAGCCUUGAGCUGCAGCUCAGAGCAUGUGAGGGAAGAGUUGCAGUGCUUGGAGCGGGUCAACGAAGAGCUGCAGAGAUCAGCGGGGGUCAACAAAAAGCUGCAGAACUUUGCUGCUCUGCUCCCUGACACUCACUCCCAAGAAACAACUGUGGCAUUGCAGGACCCUACUACCUCUCUUACUGUCUCGUCGAAUGUGGAGAGCUUAGAGAAGGACCCCAAGCCCUCAGCUCCCACUCGCAGCAUCAGCCGUAAGAACAGCGUCCUCCAGAUUGCAGAGAACUCUCACCUCCAGUUGCCCUUGGGUGGUUUCUGUGUCACACCAGCCAACAUGCCACCAGCAAGCGCUCAGCUGGAUCUGGUGGACAAAACCAACUUCUUCAAAACGUCACCCUCCUCCCUAGACACCCAUUUGGACCUGGGGAACUGCUACGAGGUCCUCUGUAGGGCCAAGGCAGAGAAGCUUGACUUCCUCCAGGAGGCAGCCUACAAGGUCAUGAGUGACAACUACCUACAGGUGCUGAGGACGCCCUCCAUCUACUGCCGCCUCAAAGCCAGUGAGCGGGACCUCAUCCUUCGGCGCAGAAUGAAGGGGAAGAUGUGUGUCGUCGUGGCAGACAUCAGCACACAGCUUGGCCUCUAUGCUAGCCGACUCUGCUGCUAUGAUGACGAAGGGGACCGCUGGCAUAAUCUUUGCCACGUGCCACCAGAGGUGGUCUCCCAGGGGUGUGCCAUGUGCAGCAUGUUCAACUACCUCUUUGUGGUAGCAGGCUGCGAAGGCUUGGGCCGCACACCUUCCAACCGUGUCUUCUGCUACAACCCGCUGACCAAUAUCUGGAGGGAGAUCUGCCCCUUGAACCAAGCCCGUCCUCACUGCAAGCUGGUGGCCUUGGAUGGCUGCCUCUAUGCCAUCGGUGGAGAGUGCCUCUACACAGUGGAGCGGUAUGACCCACGGUAUGACCGCUGGGUCUUCAUUGCCCCACUGCCUCAUGACACCUUUGCUGUAGCCCACACGGCCACAGUGUGUGACGGGGAGAUCUAUGUGACGGGGGGCACCUUGCGCUAUGUGCUGCUGCGCUACAUAGCCCGUGAGGACAUCUGGACAGUCAGCCCAGCUGGAGGCGGCAAGGACAGGACAGUGGAGGUAGUGAGCGUCAAUGGUUUCGUCUACCGCUUUGACUACAAUUGCAGCAUGGGUAUUAGUGUCUAUCGCUGUAGAGCCAAGGCCAAGCUGUGGUAUGAAUGUGCCACCCACGCCAAAGCCUACCCGGCCUGCUUCCAGUGUGCCGUGAUGGGCAGCCUGGUGCAUUGCAUUGGUCGCCACUUCCACAUCCGCUUCUUGGCUGACCCUGUCUCACCACGCUUUGGGACCAAGGAGCUGCGGCCUUUCCCUUCACCCCGGGGUAGCCUGAUCCCAGUCGUCCUGGUGCUGCCAUGGGCAGGGAUGGAGCAGACAUGGGUCUGAGGCACGAUGAGAUCAUGAUAACCAGGUAACAGAAGUCACCCACCUUCAUUUACAGCUUUCUACUGGACUAAUGCUAUCAGGACAAUGUCACAUUCAUUUGCCUUCCACUGUUGGACCAAUGCCAUCAGGACAAGGCCACCACCUCAUCUUCCUGUUCCCUGUAAGUGGAAAAGAAGAAGACAGGUUGCGCUUAAACACUCAUAAACCCAGCACUAGGGAUGCAAGAAAGAGCAAAGCUGGAGGUGGGCGGACUUGUUUGCCUACAGGUAUUUAAAUGCAGGUGUGUCUGCUUGAAUGCAAAUAAACUCAGGCUCCCAGCUGCCUCCAUAGAUUGCUGCUUUGGAGACAGCAGGUUUUUAAUACUGGCCCACAUGCCCAACAUAUGGGGGGUUUUAGGGCAUAGAAAGAUAGCAGUGAAGUUUGGUCCCUAAGAGGUAUCUCCAGAGCAUGUCCCCAUCAGCACUGAGCUGUCACCGAGCCUUGACGUCACCCUAGAGUGGGAGACUGGGGAUCAAAGCAUCUCAUCAAGGUAUCGCUCCUUCUAUUGCCUUGUUACCCAUUUCCUUAUCCUCAGCCCAGAAUAAUAUAAAUAAAUAUUUAUACACAUGUAAUGUAAAUAGAUGCUAUAGAUUUAUAGACAGCUGGUCUUAAAUAAAAUUAAUGUGAACAUUUGGUAAAAUUAA